AUGGCGCGCAUCACCCAGGGCCUGCGAAAGGGACACCGGCCCUUCAGAGAGCCUUGGAAGCGAGGGCAGCGGAGGGCCAGAGAUGCUUUGCCAGCCAUUCGGCAGAGCCAGCUGAACCUUGCAUGGGCACGUGCUCGCAGCCAGAAGAAGAAGCCGCCCAGCAAGCAUUCGAAGCAAACCCUAGAGAUCCUUGAGAAUGUGUUGCGUGACCCGAUCCUCUCGGCGGAACUGGACCAACAUGCCGGCUACAAAUUGCCACAAGAGGUGCCGCCUGAUGCGCUGGAGGCCCUGCGAGGCAGCCUCCGAGAGCUUGGCGCUGAGCUGAUUUCCAUGCGCUCCGAACCGGAGCCCAGCAGGCCUAUACCUCAACUGGCAGUUUGCUUGGACCGCUCUUUAUCUGAUUACGACCGCAAUGACCUGGCUGUUGCUUUGCAGGAGCUGGGCUUCUCAACGCAGGUCACGCGCCAUGGGGUCCACAUCGUUCGGGAGGAGCUGGACCUGGAAGUCCUCAUGGGUCCAGCUUCUGAGCUCUUGAGCCAGAAGCGAGGGGGCUUCUGCCCAUUCCCUUGCUCACAUCUCACCGUGGCAGAGAAUUGGCGGGAAGCAGAUCAGCUUGGGCAGGAGCAGAUUCAGAACUGUGGUGAGAUGCGGUGGGCCUUGGACCUGACAAAGCACUUCAGUGGCCAAGGCCUUCCGAGCCUUGCAAUCCGGGGGAAGUCACAAAAGGGCCCUGUCGUCUUUGAACUUGUGCUUCGGCACUUGGCGCUGCGGAUUCAGGACCGGGAUGCUGAGUCCUUGCGACGCUUCAAAGCAGCAUUGGCUGGCCAAUGUGAUGGAAGUGACGAGGGUCACAGCCUUGGCUGCCAUUUGGUCCUGUCGAUUGCCAAGGAGCUUCUGGAGUGGAGCAAGUCGGGACUCUUAGGUCUUUGGUUGAAGGAUGCAGAGCUCUAUGCUGGGGAGCGUGGCAAGGCACAGGCCAAGCGGUUGUUAAGCCCGAGGCUUAGAUGCAUUCUGGCAUUACAAACGUAUGUGGUGCAUCGGAUCCAGUGUGGAAUUUACUGUGUUUGUCCGAUUUUCAGUCCGCCAGAUGCUGCUGCUGCACAACUCGAGACAGAGGCAUGGGCAGAGCUAGUGACAGGUGUGUCGUUCCUUCACCAAAGGUUCAAGCUGUAG